CCCCCCCCCCCCCUCCACCGGCAACGCGACCUCGCGAUUGGACCCGAGCAGAAGCAGCGCCAGCGAGGGGUGCGCCAGCUGUGAUGCAGCGACGACCGGUAACCCUCCACUUUUCCGGCGAUUGCAAUUUUGUCGAUGACGUGGGGAGCAGCAGCGAAUUCCGGCGAUUAAACGGCGGGGUGCUCCGGCGAGUGACCUCCAGCGACUGGCGAAGUCUGGGCCUUGAGUGACUGGGUUCGGGCAGCAAGUUGAUCUGGCAGAAGGGGGAAGUUUCGAUGACCAAUCCGGGUGACGGGCUCCGAGUGACGUUCCUUGGAACUGAAUCGAACCAACGAGGUGGUUGUGGUAGAUUGAUUCUGGAAUCCAUCCCGGAGAGCAGCAUGACGGAGGAGAUGUACGGAUGCAGGGAUUUAAUGUUUGAUUUAAUUAUAAGGCUUCUGCACUGUUUGUAUAAACUCCGAUAUGUAUUUAAAUGAUUUUGAAUUUUUUGGGUUUUAAAUUAAAUGUUUUAAUUUAUUAGGAAAUAUUAAUGGAGGGUACCGUUUUCCCGAAUAAGCCAAUAUUGCCGGUUCUAUCAACAAAGUCUGUUCCUCUUCCGCCAUCCAACCAACGCCACAUAUCGACAACCACAACUCUUCCUCUUCCUCCCCUACAGAACCAGAAAUUCCAUUCUCCGCCUGCGUUUCUACUCGACUCUCUUCUUCAGCACCUUCACGAGACCCACCCUCUGCAUAACCGGGAAACACGAGAUGCUCUAUCUCAGAAACGGAGUCUCAAUCGGAUUCCAGUUCCCCGAGCCCGAAGUUACUGUCCGGAUGUGUUUCUUCCCAGAACUUCGGAUGAUGCGUCGCUGGAUUUCCUCCCGCAGAAUUGUAAGUCCAUACUCAAUUCAAUUCUUAAACAACCCCAGUCGGCUCUGCUCGCGUUUUUUAAUUCUGCAAAACCGGAGUUGCUUGAAGUUGAUUUGAUGAGUCUUGUGAAAGGUUUGGACCUUUCUGGAAAUUGGGAUAGAGCCAUCUUGUUGUUUGAAUGGAUUAUUCUGAAUUCCAAUGCUGAUAGCAAAAUGCUAGACAGUCAGGUUAUUGAAUUUAUGGUCAGGGUUUUGGGGAGAGAAUCGCAGCACUUGUUAGCAUCAAAUCUCUUUGAUGUGAUUACAUUUAAGGAUUAUUCAUUUGAUGUUCGAGCAUGGACAAGUGUUCUUCAUGCCUAUUCUAGGAGCGCAAAGUAUGAUAAGGCCAUAGCCAUGUUCAAAUAUAUUAAGGAAAGAGGUUUAUCACCUAAUUUAGUUAUGUACAAUGUUAUGCUUGAUGUUUAUGGUAGAAAGGGUGGGUCGUGGAAUAUGAUUUUAAGCAUUCUAGAUGAGAUGAGGAGUAAUGGACUUGCUUUUGAUGAGUUCACUUGCAGCACUGUUAUAUCUGCGUGUGCUAGGGAGGGAUUGUUUGAAGAAGCAAAGAAGUUUUUUGAUGGAAUGAAAUUACAGGGCUAUGUUCCAGGAAUAGUUACAUACAAUUCCUUACUUCAUGUUUAUGCGAAGGCUGGGAAGUACAUUGAAGCUCUGGGUGUGCUUGAAGAAAUGGAGGGAAACAAUUGCCCACCCGAUUCAGUGACAUAUAAUGAGCUCGUAGCAGCUUAUGUGAGGGCAGGUCUCCUGGAAGAAGGUUUUGCACUCAUACACACUAUGUCGGAGAAGGGUAUAAUGCCUAAUGCCAUCACAUAUACAACAGUGAUAGAUGCUUAUGGUAAAGCUGGAAAAGAUGAAAUGGUCAUUGACUUGCUGAAAACGAUGAAAUGGUCUGGAUGUGUCCCUAAUGUUUAUACAUAUAAUUCAAUCAUUGCAAUGCUGGGCAAGAAAUCCCGAAUGGAAGAGAUAUUGGAUAUACUAUGUGAUAUGAAGCUAAAUGGUUGUGCCCCUAAUCGCAUUACUUGGAACACAGUGCUUGCAAUGUGUGGGCAUAGUGGAAUGCAGAACUAUGUGAAUCAUGUUUUCCGCGAGAUGAAGAGAUGUGGCUUUGAGCCCGACAGGGACACAUUUAAUACCUUGAUUUGUGCAUAUGCUAGGUGUGGAUCAGACUUAAAUGCAGGUAAAAUGUAUGAUGAGAUGAUCAAAGCUGGAUUUACACCUUCUAUCACUACGUAUAAUGCCUUUCUGAAUGCCCUUGCUCAUAGGGGUGAUUGGAGAGCUGCUGAGUCUAUAUUAUUGGACAUGAAAAACAAAGGGUUCAAGCCCAGCGAAACUACUUAUUCUUUGAUGCUUCAAUGCUACUCAAAGGGAAGCAAUGCUAGAGGCGUGGAAAGGAUUGCAAAACAAGUUUACGAUGGACACAUCUCUCCUAGUUGGAUGCUCUUGAGAAAUCUCGUUCUUGCAAAUGUUAAGUGUCGAUCUGUCAAAGGUAUGGAGAGAGCGAUACAAGAAUUUCAGAAGAAUGGGUACAGACCUGAUUUGGUUAUAUAUAAUUCCAUGCUUUCCUUAUUUGCAAAAAAUGUCAUGUCUAGCCGUGCAAAUGAAGUAAUGCAAUUGAUUCAAGAGAUUGGUCUGCAGCCAGAUCUGUUAACCUUUAAUACCUUAAUUGAUCUUUAUGCAAGAGCUGGUGACUGUUGGAAAGCAGAAGACAUCCUAAAUCGGCUCGGGGAAAUUGGUGAAAAACCAGAUCGCGUGUCAUAUAAUACGGCCAUCAAAGGUUUUUGUAGACAAGGGCUUAUGCAGGAUGCUGCAAGACUUUUCUCCAUAAUGACUGCUAGUGGAAUUCGACCUUGUAUCAUCACGUACAACACACUUACUUCUGGGUAUGCAGCACAUGGCAUGUUUGCAGAAGUAAAUGAACUUAUCAGCUACAUGAUUCAGAACAACUGCAGGCCCAAUGAGCUUACAUAUAAAACGGUUGUAAAAGGAUACUGUAAAGCAAGAAGGUAUCAGGAUGCGAUGGACUUCAUAUCGGCAAUUAGGGAAAAGGACAUUUCUUUUCAUGAGCAAUCUCUGCAAAGACUUGCUGCUCAGGUAAGAGAUUGUACAGAUUUCUGAUGCUUGGAAACACUCAUAUAGCAACUGCUUGUAACUUGUAACAUCUCUCAUUCAGGCCAGGGAGAAGCUUUGAACUUGUCACUUCACAAGCUCCUUUCUCUAUGUCCUUUGUUCAGCUUAUUGUUAUCG